AUGGCCAACGUGGAUCUGCUGUGCAUCGUCAAUGAAGAACGCAAAAAGUUCGGUCUCAGGGACUCAGACUUCCAUCGAUACAGGAUCCAUUGUACUCACAAGCUGAAGACGCUCAGAAAAUCAACUGGCUUGCAACAAUCUUAUAACCCGAAGACCAAACAGUUUAUCAAACGCUCAGCAGAAAGUCUCGACGGCACCAAUGAGCAUAAUCUCAAACAUUUUUUGAUCAAUCUAUUCCAAGUCGAACACGCCUGGGCAUCCUCAAGAGAAUUAAAAGAGGAGGUACAAUCGAUCCUGAAAAAGCACGCCCAGCAGAAGACAGAUCAGGCGACUAGAACCGGCGCCAGCAGGGUCCGACAUCAUGCCAAUAAUCGGCUGACCAAAGCUAUCCAGCACUCCGAUCGAUUCCUCGACUUGUGCCAUUCCUCGAAUUCCUUCUCGAUCAGAACUCUAGCCCAGGUGCACGUGCACAGACUCUACAUGAGAGGACUGCUCGAAUUCGAGCUCGCCCGAUGGGACACCGCUCUCGACCACUUUGCACUCUCCUGCGUAAUCCUCAAAGCCUUGGCCAGUUCGACCGACCAAACCGACCACAAGAAACGGGCCAUCUUCGACGAGUCCAGCGAUGAGUUGGCCCCCAUGAUCCGCUAUUGCGCCUACAAAUCCGGCGCAAAUGCUCUCGAGAUCGAAUCCUUCAGUGAGCAAAGACUCGAAAAAAAUCCGGUCGGUGAUAAGCUGGCCGGAAAGGAUUGGCCGGAAAUCGAAAGCUUGGUCAAAUCCUCUCGAAAAAUCGUCCAACAGACAAUCGAAUUAAAGUGGCUUGAUCAACUGAUCCCGAUCCGCAAUCCAGAACUGGUCGACCUGAUCACCAGUGUCCAAACGGCCGAUCGAGUCCUACUCUCCAACCUCAAAUCAUCUCCUCUUGAACCCACCUCACCCGAUCAAUCCCAGGCCGAGGAGCAUCUCAGCAGGAAGCAGAAGCGACAGAGAUUCUUACAAGCCAAGAAUCCGAAGAUGAGCCAGAAAAAUCCGAUCAGUCCGACGGCCGCAUUUGACCAAGCAUUAUCGACAUACGUCAAUGUCGAGACCGCCUUACAGGCUCUCAUCGAGUCCAACAAUCGCGCACUAGAAUUGAACUCGACUAUCCAACGAUUUGACCAACAAUCGGCGGUCCUUGCGACAAUCCACAGCAUCGUCGGUUUCCGUUUGCUUUCGACCAGAGUCAAUCGGGAUCUCGAACUGGUUCACAAACUUGAACAGAAGUGGCGCAAAGUGGAGACCAAAGUCGACAAUCGCAUCAACGGAAAUCCGAAGAACUAUCAUCAGAUCAAUCGCCUGGUCUUGGCUAAGCACCGACAACCGACUUCGAAAACUGUCUCCAACUUCAACCAUCAACGGCCAUCUUCUAAAUACACUUAUGAAACCGAUCUCAUCAAGUCCCUGCUCAUCCAACGUCGCCAAGCUAAGAUCUUCCCUUCAUUACUUAAAUUAUUCGAUGAUAUCCUCUUCAACCUCGAGCGAAUUAAACAGCUAAAGCUGAUCGAAGACGAUCAUGAACUGGGUUUGAAAAUCGAAUCUAAAAUUUCGUUUUUCAAAGCUUACAGGAGUUUGAUACAAUCAAAGUCAUGGCUAAUAGUAGAAAAGUUUCUAGAGAGUUACGUGUUACAACAAAAGUCGAAUUUCUAUCUCCGACAGACCAAGAUGAACCUAGAAGAGAUGAACUCGGAAGAAGAAGCUCUAGACGGAGAAAACGCGUUGUCGAAGCGAGAGAUCAGCGAUUUAAACGCGGAGUUCUUCAGGUUUGAACGCGUUCUUUUGGAGGCGGUAAGCGAUGAAGUGCAAGAACAUAUGAGGCAAGAGAUCGCAAACAAAUGGUGGAAGAGUACGAAUGGGAAAGAGGAGCCGCAGGUUGUUGAAGGAGGGGCGGAGGGUCUAAGCCGAGUGAAGCUGGAGAAGCUUUCGUUAAACGAUGUCGCCGAGGGAGCGUCAGGAAAGCCAGCCGCACAAGUCUUCGAUCUCGCGUUCAACUACGCCACCCAAUUCGAGUGGGAUCAGCUCGACCCCAACCCCCACUCCCCGCACGCUUCCAAGACUCAAACGGCCUCUAAACCAGGCCCUCAAUCUUCUUCCGGCACCUACAUUACCACAGCAGCCGCUCCUCAAGAUCCUCCGGCACAUAUUUCUCCUCCUCAGGACCAGGAACCCGGCGCGCCGGCCCCUGCCAAAAAAUCUGGCGGGCUGUGGAGCUUCUUUUCUCGUAGUUAG